AUGGAGAAAAGUGAAUCGUCGGGCGGCCACCCUUCGUUGCUGAACGAGGCAAUGGCAACUCCAAGCCUCGCUGCAACCCAUACGAGCACGUCAAACAAGAUCCCAACUGCUGUGGAAGAUCGCGCAAACGGUGACCACUCAGAGGCAAACGCUAAGACAGCUAGCGAGCCUAAUGAAUGCAUUAGCGAUAAUGAUGAAUCGGAGACAAUCCUCCAGACAAGGCCGCUUAUGAGAAACCUCUUAUACUCGAGAGAUUGGCAACGGGAGAUCCCGAAGGAAAAGCGCUGGGGGCUUGUCAAGCUGCGCUCAAGACAGGCCAUGCUUCAUCUCGGAUACACUGAAAAUCGAAUUUCGGAUCUCGAGACCAAGCUCGGGGAGCUUCAGGAAAAGUUGGAGAAGGGCCGUAACGAUUAUAAAGAUCAAAAGAGAGAAGAUUGCCCAGUAUUUAUGCCGGCUCUGAAAUGGACGCCAAUAGAUGAGCUCCGCCCUCCAGGUGAAAGCGAUACUUUACCUCCGAGCCAACUGCCCGCCAUUGAGAUACUGUAUUCCGAAGGGUCUACAUUGAUUGAUUCUCAAGAUCAUGGUCAGCGUGAUUUCACAAGCGACCCAUACAAGUACCAAGAAGCUAUAGACAAAUUUCCAGAAAGGCUGCGAAUUAGGUCCUGGCCAUUGCUUGGGCACUUGGAGAAGGUUUGUGGAGAAAGCUUUAGUCUGAGUACUCUCGUAUCACAUGAACCAAGGUCCGCGUUGGUUCUCCUGCGUCCAUUCAAGGCCUUGGUUAUAUUCGAGCAAGUUAUUCGAGACAGCGUCUUGGGAGUGCAAAAAGAAGUGGACAACAUGAAGGCGAAGGGGAAAAUAAACACAAUAUUGACCGGCUCUGGGGAUCCUUUGGCGUUUGAGUGGAAAGACCUGCUUGCGGACUUGAAGUUGCUGAUCGAAGUCAUGGACACGGCAAUGCAGCCAACAUACAAACUGCGUCAAUCCAUUACCGAGGCCACAUUGGAAGACAUUAGCUUUCCGGACCUAUGGCACUUGUUCCGAAUAGGUGACGUUAUUACCAGAAGAGAUGCUAAGCAUCAAGCAUUCAAAGUGCUGGGCAUAGCGGGUGGCCGUGAGCCACUCACAACGAGAAUGAAUUCCGAAGAGAAGCGGUCACCCCCGAUUUACGGCUUUGCAAUAGAUUGCAUGAGUAUCACUUACGACGGGUCUUUUUAUGUGCCGCGACUGCACAAAUUCAUUAUCAGCAAGUUUAUCGGCCACAAGAAGAUACAUGCUUUGGAAGUUUAUCCAAUAAGUUUUGACCCCGACGGUAGCGCAAUUAAGGAUCAAUUGAUGUCAAACGGAGCGAAGUAUACGGAUCUCACGCGUGUCCCAUACUCUCAUGCGAUGUUUCGUGGUCGGACAAUUGAUGAUACUCCAGAGGAAAUCGAGGGCCAGAUUGUCAUUGAUGUUGCAAUGGCCCUCAGGACUGAACCGGAUUGGAGGCCUCCUUCUGACUUGAAUAAAGGGAACUUGACCAAGCCGGACUUGAGAGAAACAUUUUUGAUCCAACCGUGUAAACACGAAGGCGGUCAUACGGAAGGCUGUUGUGGUGGUGACAUCGCGUUCAAAGACCAGACUUUGAACAUUGACCAGCGUAACCCAAAAUUGAAAGCUUUCACGGAGUUAAUGAGGCCACGAACGGAAGGAGAGCUUGGUGAUGACCUGAUUCUUCUUCCUAAUUCGGUGCACGGCUUCGUUCUGAGGAUUCGAAAGUGGGUGACAGUGCAGACUCAGGACUUGUCAGACGUGACAUUUGACAAUGAUUUCAAUAAUCUGAUGAUGAACGAGAAGCAAAAACAGGCCAUCUUGGCCUUGGUGGAAACCCACGAGAAGGCGAGACUCUCGCCAGGUGCCAACAAACACUCAAUCGGGGCUUCUCUCGAUCUCGUGACAGGGAAGGGCACGGGUUUGAUCCUGCUCUUACAUGGCGAACCAGGCGUGGGCAAGACUUCAACGGCAGAAUGUGUUGCCGAUCGAACUAAACGCCCUCUAUUCCCCAUCACUUGCGGCGAUAUUGGGGAAGCAGCCAUGGAAGUCGAACGAAACCUACAGCACAACUUUCGUCUAGCCCACAGGUGGGGAUGUGUGCUCCUUCUCGACGAAAGUGAUAUCUUUUUGGCAAAGAGGAACAAGACGGACCUGAGACGGAAUGCUGUCACGAGCGUUUUUCUACGGAGCCUGGAUUAUUAUGCUGGUAUUCUGUUCUUGACCACUAACAGGGUCGGCGGAAUUGACCCGGCAUUCAAGUCCCGAAUCCAUCUGAGUGUGUUCUAUCCACGACUCGAUCUUGAUAGAACACAGAAGCUAUUUGACGUGUUCCUCCGUAAGACCAAAGAGGAGCAGCGGAAGUCUGGAGUUUCCACCUUCGACAUCAAGUCCAAGGAAAUAAGCCGCUUUGCUAAAAACAACUACCGGAGUCUUAAGAAGUCAGGAUUCAACACAUGGAACGGUCGACAAAUUCGCAAUGCGUUUCAGACUGCCAUUGCAUUGGUUGAAUAUGAUGUUUCUCAGAUGCAACCUGGUGACCCCAAGCCUUACUUAGGCAAGAAACAGUUUGAAGUGGUUGCCGAGGGCUCUAGGCAAUUCGAUGACUACCUCAUGCGAACUUUGCAAGGGAGGGACGCGGAUAUUGCUAUCCGCGACCAGUGGCGCGAUGACACAUUUGAGUUGCAAGAGUUAGGACACGCGACACCCCUCAGAAAUGAGUUACUGACAACGAGGAAACUAAAGACAAAGUUCAGGUCGGCAAAAAGCGAAUUAAGUGUGACAGAGAGUGAUUCGGAGAGUGAUAGCGAGGAGUCCGGUGACGAGGAGGAGAACGGAGAGGAUCAAGGGGUAUCUGCAGCCAUCAAGUCAGGGGAUCCUAAGAGUUCUGGUGGAAAUGAUAUGGCAGAAUAUCAGCAAUUCCUAGAAUUUCAGGCUAUGAAGAGGGCUAUGGGAAAGUAG